UUUAAAAAUUAUAAAUAAUUACGGAAAAGAUAACUUGAAUAGUUAUACGAAAAUGGCACUAAGUAGAGAACGUCGUACAAAUGCUGGAAGUAAGAUGGCAAAAUUACUGAACGAAGAAGAGGAGGAUGACUUUUAUAAAACAACUUAUGGAGGUUUUGAAGAAGUGGAACAAGAUCAUGACUACAUGGAGGAGGAUGAAGCAGAAGAUGAAGUAGAUUCAGAUUUUAGUAUAGAUGAAAAUGAUGAGCCUAUUUCUGAUACUGAACAAGAAGGUCCUAAGAAGAAACGUAGACUAGUUACAAAAGCUUACAAGGAGCCCAAGAUUCAAUCACAAGUACCAUCCAAAGAGAAAAAAGUGAGGCAACCAAGACAAAGAAUUUUUAUUGAGAGCACAGAGAGAAAAUCUAUACGUCGUUCUACUGCUGCAAAAUCAGCAGCAACACAAAAAAGAUUAAGUGAAAGAAAUGAACAUCAAAAAAGGAAAACAAGAGUUAUAAGGCAUGAUACAUGGAAACCUACGCAAGAGGAAUUAUUGGAGGAAGCAUUACAAACUGAACAGAUCAAUAUGAAAUCAUUAGAAAAAUAUCAAAAAUUAGAAAAUGAAAAGAAAAAUACCAGGACAGUAAGAAAAGCACAAAUUGGGCCUAUGAUUAGGUAUCAAUCAUUAGCAAUGCCUCUUAUGAUACUCUCUGAGGUAAAUUAUGAUAAAGAAGAAGAUAAAAUUAAUAUCGAAGGAGAUGAUGAGAAAAAUGCAAAUUCAGAAAAUAAACAUCCAAAUGGAACAAUAGAUGAAAGUAAUGCAACUAUAAAGUCAGAAAACGGUACAAAAGUUGUUAACAAAAAAGAAUCUACCCAAAGUUUCAAUAAAAGUAAAUAUUACUAUGAGCAGACAAAGGGAUAUUAUGAGAGGACAUUCAUUACUUUUGAAAAUGAUCAGCUUUUCUCAGAAGCUUUCAAAAGACCUACAACACAGAGAUCACCAAUAAAACCUUUAUGUGCAAUCACAAGGCUUCCUGCAAAAUAUUUGGAUCCCAUGACUCAAUUACCCUAUAAAAAUGUACAGACUUUUCGACUAUUACGUGAAGCAUAUUAUCAACAAUUGGAAGCACGAACGGAUAUUAAUGAUACGUCACAAAGCCCAGAUUUAUUAAGAUGGCUUGAAUGGAGACAAAAAAAUCAUGAUGGUCUAGCUCAGAGAAACACAGUACGUCUUGAACCAGCUUCUGCAACCAUGUCGACAUAG